AGGCCCCUGAUUAUCCUAGUGAUGCACCUCACAAUAAUCAAGUCUUGAACCAAGGCAAGAAACCAAUCGUGAUUUCUACUUUACAGCACCGGUGUUCAGAGCUCGGGACCACAAAGUUCGAUGCGUAUCCAGGUCCUCAAACAAUGUGACGAACUCCAAUUAGUCGUGUACCCCCUCCACCUUCGAAUAGGAAGACAAAACGCAAGUCGUUAAUGUUUUCCGCACCAAUUGAUAGACGGGAAAAUUUCGUCGCAAGUAGUACUCCUAUUCUAUAAUCUAGUACUAGAAGGAUCCUUGGAUUCUCAAACAGCGAAAAUAAUAAUUACCUACAGCAUCAAUAAUGUUUGUUCAGGCGGGGUACCCGACCAGCAACUUUGUGGUGAAAAAGCCACACUCGCAGCCAGACUACGUUCCACCAAGAAAAAAGCGACCGCCGCCGGCGUGGUCGAAUGCACUUUUUCGCGGUGGCAAGGGGCGGAGGGGCGCGACCGAGGUUUCCACGGCACCGUACGACUUCGGGAAACCGAGCAAACGCGUUCCGCUGAAGAAGCCGCUGGGCGCUCCGGAGUGGCAGUACGACGAUGACAAGGGAAAGUGGGUGGACAUCAGCGCAGACCGGGAAUUUACGAGGACAGGCCCCUUCUUGUUCCCGGACUUCAACUAUGCAUAUUGCAAAUAUGUCUGGGUCUGGAUCUGGAAGCUUGCGAAAUUUCAGUUUGUUUUCCAAGUGCCGAAAAGUCAAAGUCUGCAACUUCUACGCAGGGCUAAGCAUGACAACAACUUCUGGAGCCCCUUGGUAAAAAUGCCUACUCUGGUGCAUGAGAAACCCGCUCUCAGCAUGGCCAGAAAGUUUGGCAUCUUUUGCAAGACAGAAAUUUGUGGGGCCCGCAACACGCAGUACCAGUUCGUCCUUUCCCAGACCCAGAUCGAUAUUUGCAAUGCAUAUCAACCAACGCAAGACCCCCGGGGGUCGCUACCCAUACGACCCGCGGAAGAGGCUGGUCGCGAAGGGGGCCGCUGACCCCCGGUUCGACGACCCCAUUGGGUACGGGGCCUUUGCCGAGGACCGCAAGCGCCUGCGGGAAGAAGCGGCGGACAAGGAACGGGCGGCCGGCGCAGAGGCAGCCGCAGCCGGUGUCGCGGAUCCGCUGCUGCGGGAGGAGGUGGCGAGGGUGUUGCGCGGGCCCCCCGGCAGCUCGGUGGACCCGAAGGAGCGCGCGCUGCGAGAGCGAGCCCGCCUCGGCGUGGAGGGCCACGACCGCCGGCAGCGCUACGAGCGGAGUCGCCGGAAGCAGCAGGCCGAGGAGUUGGAAAGGUGGCAGAAACAGCUGCGGGACUGGCCCCUGGGGGACAGCAGCCACAAGCUGGGCAAAAUGUACGGGCCCCCGCAUUCCAUGGACCACGUUCGCCUGCAGCUCCGCCGAGAUUCGGGAGACGUUCUCGUUUACGAGUUGCCGCCGACCUGGAUUUUUGACGACCAAAACAGAGUGUGGAUUUUGGAGAUUCCAGACAACCCCCACCCCAUUUUCCGCCGCCCCACGCAGGACCGGUUGGUGAACCAGAAGGAGUUACGAUUCAACGGCGGGAGACUCCCCCUGCUGAUCCACCGCCAGGUGAUGCACAACUGGCGGCAAGAGGAGGACCUCCUGCGCCGUCGGCCCCUGCUGACAAUUUAGCUGCUUGCCACGCGAGAAGAUCUGUCAGUCUCACCCAAGUUUGAUAGCCUCGAAGAUGGUCGUGACUGUCGGUUCGAUUUUUACCACGAUGAAGAUGCGCCAGCUGUGAUAUCUAGUAAGUAUCUUGGUAGAAGGGUAAGGCACAAAGAGACAACGCGGAAUUGCUUGCACUCUGUUGUUCAGCAAUGUACGAAUAUCGACAGCGUAUCCUAUCCGUAUGCCUGAAUCUCUCGGACACCUCAAGACUUUAUCAUGGUGUGGAGGAUGAAGUACACGACAUACAGGUCUUGACCAGAAUAAAAGAGAACAUUUUCACACUCCUGCUUCUUCACCGUCGCAACAUGCAACGAAGUUGCAAUUCACGUAAUCCAACCAAAGAAAUAUUUACGAGGCCUCGACAACCCCUCAAGCACGACGUCAAGCUAUUUCCGCCAACAGUGUGAGUGCCAAAUAACGAACGCAAGUCAACAGUAGGAACAGUGCCUGCUCUAAUUUUUU